AUGCCGAUUCAACCUGUUAUAACCUUUUUACCUUCCUAUUCGGCUGCAGAGGAGGAGGGGGUGUGGAAUGAGGCCGAAUGGUACGCCUAUUAUGGUGCAGAGGAAUCAUCCGAGGCUACUGAGGGCUGUUUCGUGGCACCAGAAACGUCUGAUGAUGCUGCAAUGUUCUCCUCCGAGGCUUCAGUGGAUCAUUCCGGUCCUACAGAGGACCUCGCUGAUGCUGAAGGGGAUUCUAUUGACACUGCAGGAAAGGCAGCAACGGUGUCUACAGGAGCGGCUGUUGACGUGGGUGUUCCGGUGGAUGCUGGCAUGGGUGCUGCAGAGGAUGCUGGCAUGGUUGCUGCAGAGGAUGCUGGCAUGGUUGCUGCAGAGGAUGCUGACGUGGCUGUUGCGGUUGAUGCUGACGUGGGUGUUGCUGUGGAAGCUGAUGUGGGUGCUGCACUGGAUGCUGACGUGGGUGGUGCGGUGGUGCGGUUGAUGCUAACGUGGGUGCUGCAAUGA